AUGGCACAAAAUAAUAAAAGUCAUCCAGAAGAGUUUGUUCUGCUAGGCUUCGCUAACUAUCCCUGGUUGGAGCUUCCUCUGUUUGGUGUUCUUCUGAUCACAUACCCUACAGCCAUGAUGGGAAACAUUGCCAUCAUACUAGUGUCCACAUUGGACCCCAAACUUCACAGCCCCAUGUAUUUCUUCCUCACCAACCUCUCCUUUUUGGACAUGUGUUAUACCACAACCACUGUCCCUCAUAUGCUGGUUAACCUGGGAAGCUCCAAGAAGACAAUCAGCUAUUUGGGCUGCGCAGUUCAGCUUUAUUUUUUCCACUUGAUGGGUGGCACAGAAUGUCUACUCUUGGCUCUCAUGUCCUUUGAUCGCUAUAUAGCUAUCUGCAGACCUCUACACUACACCAUCAUUAUGAAUCAGAGAACUUGUUUCCUACUAGUAUCCAUUAUGUGGCUGAGUGCAAUGACUAUUGCUGUCUCACAGGUUACUCCUACAUUACUGUUGCCCCUCUGUGGGAACAACAAGCUGGAUCACUUGUUAUGUGAGAUUCCUGUUCUGAUAAAUAUCUCUUGUGGUGAAAAGCACGUUAAUGAGCUUGUGCUCUCUGUGGUAUGUACUUUUCUGAUAGCUAUUCCACUCUGCUUAAUCCUUGCAUCCUAUGCUUGCAUUGGGAAAGCUGUAUUGAAAAUUAAGUCUUCUAAGGGAAGAAAAAAGGCUUUUGGGACAUGUUCUUCCCACCUCAUUGUUGUUCUCUUAUUUUAUGGCCCAGCCAUUAGCAUGUACCUUCAGCCUUCCUCUUCCAUCACAAGGGACCAACCCAAGUUCAUGGCUCUCUUUUAUGGAGUAGUAACACCUACACUCAACCCCUUCAUCUACACCCUUAGGAAUAAGGAUGUGAAAGGGUCUUUAGGCAACCUGAUGAGGAAUAUUUUAGGUUCCAAAUGA